AGAGUGGAGGGUGGGGAUGAAGACCUGGCCCUUCCCACUCCACGCCACCCUAACUCCCCCACCUGCCGGGUAUCUGCAGAUAGGGCCUCAGUUGCCUGUGUCUUGAUAGCAAGGCUGGGGAGACUCUGGGGGUUGCUGAUGGCAGAAUCUUUUGGGAACCCGGCUUUGGGACUCAGCCCCUUCCCAUCCCUACGAGGUCCCACCUGCUGAACUAUGACCUUUGACCCUGGCUUGUACUUGGUUCUUUUUGGGGCGGGGUGUAAAAGGACUGGGAGGGUGUUAGAUGUGUUUGGCCUGGGAAGUAGGUGGGGCAGAGUGCCGGGCCCUGAGGAACGGGUAUCAGUGACAGUGAGUGUGAAGCUGGUCGCUCUGUCGACUGUGCUCGGUGCUUUGGUGUUUUGUGUGCAUUUACAAGUGUGCUAUUCCUCCUGGGACUGUAGCGUGAGUGUGUCUGUGAUGCGUGAGCCUCUCAGAGUGCCUACGAAGUGCCUGUGUGCUUGCUCCCGGCUCCCAGCUUUGUCAGUGUGUGUUCGUGCUAAGGGUUCUGUGUGCACGUGUGGAGUGUGUGCUGCUGAACCUGCAUGUGUCUGUUGGUGGGAAUAUGUGAAGUUGCAUGAAUGUGUUUGGGUGUGAAAGAGUGUGCACCUAUGUAUCUCUCAUUGUGCAGGUGAGUCUUGUGUGUGUGAGCCACUGUGUAUUGACAAGGGUUAUAUAGAUGCAAGUGUCUGGUUGUCUGAUAAGGGGCACACAGGUCUCUCUGUAUCUGUGCAUCUGUGAAUGUGCAAAGGAGAACCUGUGUGUGUGUGUGUGUGUGUGUGUGUGUGUGUGUGCAGGUAUGUCAGCCUUGAGGGGUGCGUGUCUCUCUUGGAAGUCCUUUUCUACUUUAGUCUCUGGGGACCAGGUUCUGUAUGUUUAGGCAUGUAGAUACAUGUAGAUACAAGAUACACGCACCUGUGCCUCGGGCACAGGAGUGACUGUUUCUGGGUCUAGCAAGUGUGAGCUGUAUGGAGCAUGCCAAUGUCUGUGUCCUGGAACACAGAUGUGACUAUGUCCUGGGCUCAGUACCCUGCAGGGCAGGGAGCACCCAGCCUGGGGUGGUGUACCCUGUAGAGUUGGAUUGAGACUCAUGGAUUGGCAUGGGCUCACCAAUGUUAAUGUGGAUUGAGAUGCGAUGGCAUGAUAGGAACCCCUGGUGCUUCUGCGCUCUGGAUGCCACUCAUGUCUUUGAAGUUGGGGAGCCCAUUUGAGAACUCUUGAGUUCUAAAGGAUAAAAUGUCUGGUCCAGGCUCUUGGGUCUCAAAAAGAAAAGCCUGGGAAUUUAGAAAUCUAGGGCUGCUAAGAGGGGAGGGUAGAUUCCAUGCUCGAGGAAACUGAUACAGGUCAGGGAGGGGGUAAGGGUCAGCGCUCCUGAGACACCAGAGGGCAAAGCUCACAUCCCGGACUCCUGGGGUUUGGAGGGUGAACAGUCCUGAGGCCCAGUCUGAAGAUCCUGUAGCAGGGAGCCUGAGAAAGUGAUCACUCUAGGGAUUCCCUCGGCUCAGGUGGUUUCCAAGGUAGGCCUUGAUGCCUAGAAAGAAGCUGGAAGAGGCCAACCGUGGUUUUGUUCUUUUGCAGGUACCGGCCCAGGCCCUGACUCCUUGAAGAGAGAUGAAGAAACCGAGAUUCAGAGAGGUUCAGACACGUGCCCGAGGCCACACAGCUAGUCUCACCUCCUGCUUCUCCCGCCUCCCCUCUGCACCAUGGCUCCAGGCUCCUUCUCCUCUGGGCUUCUCUCGCCACCACCUGCUGCUCUCCCCUUUCUGCUGCUGCUCUGGGCAGGGGCAUCUCGCGGCCAGCCCUGCCCCGGUCGCUGCAUCUGCCAGAACGUGGCACCUACACUGACCAUGCUGUGUGCCAAGACCGGCUUGCUCUUUGUGCCGCCCGCCAUCGACAGGCGCGUGGUAGAGCUGCGGCUCACCGACAACUUCAUUGCGGCUGUGCGUCGUCGAGACUUCGCCAACAUGACCAGCCUGGUCCACCUCACCCUGUCCCGCAACACUAUUGGUCAGGUGGCAGCCGGUGCCUUUGCUGACCUCCGUGCUCUCCGGGCCCUGCACCUCGACAGUAACCGCCUCGCAGAGGUGCGCGGGGACCAGCUCCGGGGCUUGGGUAACCUCCGCCACUUGAUCCUCGGCAACAAUCAGAUCCGUAAGGUGGAGUCCGCAGCUUUCGACGCCUUCCUGUCCACCGUGGAGGACCUGGAUCUGUCCUACAACAACCUGGAGGCACUGCCGUGGGAGGCGGUGGGCCAGAUGGUGAACUUGAACACCCUCACGCUGGACCACAAUCUCAUCGAUCAUAUUGCGGAGGGCACCUUUGUGCAGCUGCACAAACUCGUGCGCUUGGACAUGACCUCUAACCGUCUGCACAAACUGCCCCCCGAUGGGCUCUUCCUGAGGUCCCAGGGCGGUGGGCCCAAGCCACCCACCCCACUGACCGUGAGCUUCGGUGGCAACCCGCUGCACUGCAACUGUGAACUGCUCUGGCUGCGGCGCCUGACCAGAGAGGAUGACUUGGAGACAUGCGCCACGCCCGAGCAUCUCACUGACCGCUACUUCUGGUCCAUCCCCGAGGAGGAAUUUCUAUGUGAGCCACCGCUCAUCACGAGGCAGGCAGGAGGCAAGGCCCUGGUGGUGGAGGGCCAGGCUGUCAGUCUGCGCUGCCGGGCGGUGGGUGACCCUGAGCCCGUGGUGCAUUGGGUGGCCCCUGAUGGGCGACUGCUGGGGAACUCCAGCCGGACCCGGGUCCGUGGGGAUGGAACGCUAGAUGUGACCAUCACCACCUUGAGGGACAGCGGUACCUUCACGUGCAUAGCCUCCAAUGCUGCCGGGGAAGCCACUGCCCCGGUGGAGGUAUGUGUGGUACCUCUGCCACUGAUGGCGCCCCCGCCUGCUGCCCCGCCACCUCUCACUGAGCCUGGUUCUUCUGAUAUCGCCACACCAGGCAGACCUGGUGCCAACGACUCAGCCACUGAACGACGGCUUGUGGCUGCUGAACUCACGUCCAGCUCUGUGCUCAUCCGCUGGCCGGCUCAGAGGCCAGUGCCUGGCAUCCGCAUGUACCAAGUGCAAUACAACAGCUCUGCGGAUGACUCUCUAGUCUACAGGAUGAUCCCUUCUACCAGCCAGACCUUCCUGGUGAAUGAUCUGGCGGCUGGCCGCGCCUAUGACUUGUGUGUGCUGGCAGUCUACGACGACGGGGCCACCGCUCUGCCAGCUACCAGAGUGGUGGGCUGUGUGCAAUUCACCACGGCGGGAGAUCCCGCACCAUGCCGCCCACUGAGGGCCCACUUCUUGGGCGGCACCAUGAUCAUCGCCAUCGGGGGCGUCAUCGUAGCCUCGGUCCUCGUUUUCAUCGUUCUGCUCAUGAUUCGUUACAAGGUGUACGGCGAUGGGGACAGCCGUCGCAUCAAAGGCACGUCCAGGUCGCCCCCUCGGGUCAGCCACGUGUGCUCUCAGACCAACGGCGGCGGCUCAGGCGCACAGCAGGCCUCCGCCCCACCAGCUCCAGACCGCUACGAGGCGCUGCGGGAGGUGGCGGUCCCUGCAGCCAUCGAGGCAAAGGCGACCGAGGCCGAGGCGACUUCCACUGAGCUAGAGGUGGUGCUUGGACGCUCUCUGGGUGGCUCGGCCACCUCGCUAUGCUUGCUGCCCUCCGAGGAAACUUCUGGGGAGGAACCUAGGGCCGUGACGGGUCCUCGAAGGAGCCGCUCGGGGGCCUUGGGGCCUCCAACUUCAGCGCCCCCAACGCUAGCUCUUGUUCCGGGGGGAGCCCCGGCCCGGCCGAGGCCACAACAACGCUAUUCCUUUGACGGGGACUACGGAGCGCUGUUCCAGAGUCACAGUUACCCGCGCCGCGCCCGGCGGACAAAGCGCCACCGGUCCACGCCACACCUGGACGGGGCCGGAGGGGGCGCGGCCGGGGAAGACGGAGACCUGGGGCUGGGCUCCGCCCGGGCACGCCUGGCCUUCACCAGCACCGAAUGGAUGCUGGAGAGUACCGUGUGAGCGCCCGGCGCACGGGCACCGGGACGCCUGUGGGGCCGCACUUAGUUGCCCAGCCCGGCCGGAUGCGGGGAAGGCUGGAGAGAAGGGAUGCGCGAGGGGCGGGGCCAGCCGCAGUCGGGCCGAGCCCACUCGCGUCCGGGAUUGGAGGCGGGCCGCCGGCCUCUCCGACUCCACCCCUCCGCCCCGCCCCCCGCGCGCUCGCGGACCUCGCCGGAGCCGGUGCCUUACACAGCGAAGCGCGGGGAGGGGCGGGGCCCCCCCACACUGCAGCACUGAGACACGAGUCCCCUCCCCCACCCGGGACCCUGGGGCCGGGGCGAGGGGCCCAUUCCUUGUAUCUGGCUGGACUAGAUCUCAUUCUGCCCCGCGGCGGCCUCCAAAGCCUCCAGCCCCCCCAGCCCCAGUCCCCUCCCUGGUCCCACCUGGUCUGGUUUGGAGGGAGGGGCUCCUCCUUUCUCCUCUCUGUGUCCACGUCUUUCCUGCCCACUGUCGUCCGUCUUAAGUCUUUCCCCACUUGUCUCCCUUUUCUCUGUCCCGUGGUCGUCUCUUCUCCCUCUGACCGCCCUUGAUUUUUUUAGUUUAUUUAUUUAUUUAUUUUUUGUUCUGUGUCCUUGUCUCCUGAUUCCCUCUCCUCAGCAUCUCCCGGGCAGGUCCCACUGAAGGACCAGACUCUUCUUCCCUCUGCCUUCCUGUCCCCACAAUGAAUCCCCACACAGACAAAAUCCAAAAACCAAAUCCCUCUAUCGGAGCCGGGACCCUCCGCCGCAGCAGAAUUAAACUUUUUUCUGUGUCUGA